UUCUUCUGUUUUGUUGCGUGGUGUUGCUCGUAUCCACACAUGUUCGUUAGGCUGUUUAUUCUAUCCAUCUCUAGUUUUUAAUUGUUCUUGGCUGGCCGUUAGGAUGUUACGUGGACAGAUCAAAUAGUGGCAUUUUUUUAUGUCGGCAUGCUGGUUUGCCUGAGUUCUGCUUGAAAAAUAGCUAUGUCCAUUUUCUCAAGGGGACAUGAAUAGGCUACUACGAGCAGCAGAGAGAUAAAAACUCAGACGUUGUUCAAAUCCGAACAAGAAAGAUUUCGAAAACAUGUCUAGUGCAGCCGACAGCUGCAUUCAGUUCACGCGUCAUGCAAGUGAUGUGCUUCUCAACCUGAACCGACUACGUAGCAGAGAUAUCCUGACAGAUGUCACAAUUCUGGUCUACAGAGAGCAGUUUCGAGCGCACAAAACUGUCCUUAUGGCAUGCAGUGGGCUUUUUUACUCAAUCUUUACUGGCUCACACAAAUGUAACCUGAACGCUAUCAGUCUGGACCCGAAGGUUGACCCAGAGGGUUUUGCCAUUCUUCUUGAGUUUAUGUACACUUCACGUCUUACACUAAAGGAGAGUCUCAUAAUGGCCAUUAUGAACACAGCCAUCUACUUGCAGAUGGACCAUGUUGUUGACACCUGCAACAGAUUCAUGAAGUCCAGUGACUCUUCCAUUAAACUGCCUAGAGAGGAUCUUCUGGUCAGCCCUCUGCUUUUUCCUCGAAAUGUUCACAGUUACAGACCCCACGAGGUGCUGGAUAACAUAUGUGUAAGGCCAGCAACGUUCAAAAAUGGAAGACUGCACGAUGGUUGCAUGUUUAAUAGGGUCAAUACUCCUAACACCUCAUACCUUUAUGGACAGUUCAUGCAGGGUUUCCCCUUUCCACUUUGCAAGCUGACAGAUGCCAAAAACGCUUUCUCAAAAGGAGGCAUCAUCCACCACAAACACUGCUCUCCAGCUGGUGACAUCAAUCCUUUGCUACCUGACUUCAUCUGUGGCACCACCGACAGUAAUGUUGGCUCGUUUUCCUCAAGCGGGCUGGGACGAGAUGAUGAGAUGAAGAGGGAGAUGUUGGAGGAUGUGUUCCAGUCAAUCGGCAUGAGCUCCAUGAACCAUGGCUUUUCCAGCCUGGCCCAAGAGCAGAAAAGGGGGACUGGGAAAGAACAGAGUUCCCUGGAAGAGGAACAUCUGAGCAACCAGCACUACACUAUGGGUAUUUCCUCCAAUAAACGCAAAGGCCUGAUGACCAGUCCCCAGAGCCCACUUAAAUCAGACUGCCAACCAAAUUCUCCAACAGAGUCGAGUAGCAGCAAAAAUGCUGGACUCGCACAGGCCUCACAACCUUUGACCACUCAAGGUACACAAGACCUUAAAGCUCGUAACUGGAAAAAAUACAAGUUCAUUGUGCUUAAUCAGAGCACAAACAAAGUGGAUACCAAUCCUUGUGAUCUUGAAAUGCACUCCCCGCAGAGGACAAGCUUGUCCGCCUUCCUUUAUCAUACUGACUCCAAGCACCCAGGUUUGAAUACAACAACAAAGAUCAGUGAGUCAGGAAGUCAGGAAUUUACUGUUCCUCAAGCCAGUCACUUUAACAAUAUCAUUAACAGCAGAUCUCUGGAAGCAUCACAGAGGAACAGCGACAACAACUCUUCUCUGUCUAUGCAGCACUUAAAAUGUUCAUCCUGUGGCACUAAGUCUCCACAGCACUCUAACAUCUGUCCCAACACAUCUGCCUCAUGUCUGGUCGAGGAGAUGUCAGAGAUGCACUCAGAGUAUUCAGAUUCAAGCUGUGAAAAUGGAACAUACUUCUGUAAUGAAUGCGACUCAAAGUUUACAAAGGAGGAAGCCUUGAAACGGCACAUGCUUCAGGUUCACAGUGACAAGCCAUACAAAUGUGACCGUUGUCAAGCAGCGUUCCGCUACAAGGGUAACCUAGCAAGUCACAAAACUGUUCACACCGGAGAGAAACCAUAUAGAUGCAAUAUUUGCGGGGCUCAGUUCAACCGACCAGCUAACCUCAAAACCCACACACGAAUUCACUCAGGAGAAAAGCCAUACAAAUGUGAGACAUGCGGAGCUAGAUUUGUGCAGGUCGCUCACCUUCGUGCUCAUGUUCUGAUUCAUACUGGAGAGAAGCCAUAUCCAUGUGAAAUCUGUGGCACUCGUUUUCGCCACCUGCAGACGUUGAAGAGUCACCUGCGAAUACACACAGGCGAAAAGCCCUAUCAUUGUGAAAAAUGCAACUUACAUUUUCGUCACAAGAGUCAGCUUCGUUUACACCUCCGUCAGAAGCACGGAGCAAUCACCAACACCAAGAUCCAAUACCGCAUGUCCUCUACAGACCUUCCAGCUGACUUGACGAAAACAUUCUGAACUAGCACUAACGGGCAACCCUGACCAUAGCAUUAUGACCAUGUCUUGUAGAACCAUUAAUAUAUUAAGUGCCACACUGUGUUAAUCUGAAAAAAAAACUUGCCAGGAUAAUGCCAUUCUAAACGGGUUUCCUAUACAUUUGAACGUAGAACCACAUAUGGUUUCUUGUAGUCACUUUAUUGUUUAUUUAAAUAUUUAUAUAUAUAUAUAUAUAUAUAUAUAUAUAUAUGUUGGAAAUGUUUAUACAUUUUGGGUAAUAAAAAGCUUUAUUUUGUUGGAAGAUAAAUGGAAUGUGUAACAUUUAGAUAUGGGUUUUCAAAAAAACAACAACAGUAUUUUAUAACAACAGAAUAACUUUUCUGAAGGUAUUGUGGGAAUUAAUUGAUGGUUGGAAUUUUUUAAAACAAAAAUUUCUUGCAAAGCUCAGAACUCUCUAUUGAUUUUAUAUUCAAAUUGUUAUGCUGGUGUACAGUAUGUCUAAAUUACUUGUUAUGUUAGAAAAUUAUCUUGUAAGAGGAACUCGUAACUGUGACUAUAGCAUUGAAAAUCCUACUUUUGGGAAUAAUGGCUGCUCUCUCAAAAGGAAAACAUGCAUGAGGUUAAUUCUCAAUAAUACAAUUUCAUUAUGAAGACAAAUGCAAAAAUGUUGAGACAAUGUAAAGCCUUUUCAUCAAUAUUGCUCUCUGCUGGCAGAGCCUACAUGGACCCUUUUUAACAUAUGCAUUUAAACUUAGUAAUUAGUAAUAAUGACUUUAAAAAGAAGGUACUAUGACCAAGGAAAUAUUUUGCUUCAGUGGUAUUUGUAUAGAAACGUGACUUUUUAUUUCUCUUGGCAAGUGAUGUUUACAGUUUUGUUGUUGUUCUACAAGUAACAGUUAAAGUUAUACGAUUGUCCUUUAUUUAAUGUUUGUGUAUACACUGUCUACUUAAGGUGCCUUUCUCAAUGGUGUUUGAAUUUCCUUUUAUUCAGCCCAGCUCUACCAAGGUACAACUGAAGGGCAUUGCUUGUUCUCCUUUCCCUCCUCUAAAGCUAAAUUCACACUACAUGAUUUUAAGCCUGGUUUGCAAGUAGUGUGAUCGGAGGCAAAACAGCCCGCAAUUAGCAUGCGAUCAGUGCUCGCCAAUCAUUAACACAUUGUGUAGUGUGUCACCUCCUGUUCCAGAUCAAGUAUAGUGAAGUAGUGUGAACACAUUUAACAACUUAAAGACUCAAGACUUUACAGAGAGCAUGUGAUGUAGUUUAAAGCUCAGCGAACGGCCGACGUUUAAAGUUGUGUAAUGUGAACUUGGCUUUAGUGUAGAUUUAUAAAAACUUGUUUCUAUGACAGAAGGUAAGUGCGACUGAGUAUUGUGCAUGUAUCCUUUGUAAACAUUUGUUACACACUAAGUAAAAAAUGCAAGUCAUUAUUGUGUGAGCUUAAAUCUUUAGGAUGUGUUUGGUUUUGGACUUUUUUUUAAAUGUAUUAAGCUUAUUUCAGAUAUAGAUGUAUGAUGAAAUAAAAUAAAAAUCUUAGAUUUCUUUUGUGUAA